CAGCUCCACAUGAGACGUGCAUUCAGAGGUCUGCUCCAGGAUUUUGGUGUUUUAGGCAGUUUGGGAAUCCUGAAAGUUACCAACAUUCUUCAGUUGCAACUGUAGCAAAACAAACAGAAACUGACUUCUCUGAAUAAACCUUCCUGCUUGGUAGAAAGCUCCAAACCCAGGCCUGUAAAAUGGAUUUCCAAUCGUCUUUCCUGGAUGGGAUGGUUGGGGUUGGGGACAUGACCCUCCUGGAAUCCCUGUCUGAAGACUCCCUUCUCCAGAAUCUUAAAGAAAGAUUUAAGAAUGAUGAAAUCUAUACAUAUAUUGGAAAUGUAGUGAUAUCAGUAAACCCCUACAAGCAGCUUUCUAUCUACUCUGAUGAGAAAGUGGAAGAAUAUAGAAAUUGCAAUCUGUACCAGCUGAAGCCACACAUCUAUGCAGUGGCUGACGAUGCUUACCAGUCUCUACGUGACAGAGAUCGGGAUCAGUGUAUUUUGAUAACAGGGGAAAGUGGUGCCGGAAAAACUGAGGCUAGUAAGCUGGUGAUGUCAUAUGUGGCAGCAGUUUGUGGGAAAGGAGCCGAAGUGAAUCAAGUGAAGGAACAGCUUUUGCAGUCUAAUCCAGUUCUAGAAGCAUUUGGAAAUGCCAAAACAACCCGGAAUGACAACUCUUCUAGAUUUGGAAAGUACAUGGACAUUGAGUUUGACUUCAAAGGCGAUCCUAUGGGAGGUGUAAUAAGUAACUAUCUUCUUGAGAAGUCCAGAGUGGUGAAACAUGUUAAAGGAGAAAGAAACUUUCAUAUAUUUUACCAACUUCUGGCAGGAGGAGACCCUCAACUUCUUGGAAAAUUAAAGUUGAAGCCAGAUUGUAGUGCCUAUGACUACCUGAAUAAGGAUUCUACUAGCCUAAAUGGCAUGGGGGAUGCAGAGAACUUUACAAUUGUUAAGAAUGCCAUGAAAGUUAUUGGAUUCUCAGAUGCUGAAGUGACAUCUGUUCUUGAAAUUGUUGCUGUAGUUCUGAAGCUGGGAACUGUCGAAAUAAAGGGUCAGUUCCAAGCCAAUGGAAUGGCCUCCAGCUAUAUCCCAAACACAACAGUGAUUAAAGAGAUUUGCUCUCUGAUUAAUCUUGACUCUUCUCUAUUGGAAAAUGCAUUCAGUGUUCGCACUGUUGAAGCCAAACAGGAGAAAGUGGUGACUACGUUAAAUGCAUCUCAGGGAACAUAUGCCCGAGAUGCUCUGGCUAAGAAUAUGUAUGAUCGACUGUUUAGUUGGCUGGUGCAGAGAAUUAAUGAAAGUAUAAAGGUUUCAGAGUUCCAGGGAAAGAAGGUGAUGGGGGUGCUGGACAUUUAUGGAUUCGAAGUUUUGGAGAACAAUAGUUUUGAACAGUUCAUCAUUAAUUACUGUAAUGAAAAACUGCAGCAGAUAUUCAUUCAAAUGACCUUGAAAGAAGAACAAGAAGAAUAUGAAAGAGAGGGUAUUCAAUGGACUCGAGUAGUGUAUUUUGAUAAUGAGAUUAUCUGUAACCUCAUAGAAGGUGCUACGAGCAGUAUCUUGUCUAUACUGGAUGAAGAGUGCCUGCGCCCAGGGCAAGUGACCGAUGCUACUUUCCUAGCCAAACUGGGCCAACAAUUAAAAAGCCAUAAACACUUCAAGAGCAAAGCCAGUCAAAAUGACAAACGCAUUACUGACAAUACAUUGCCUGAUAAUGCAUUCCGCAUUGAACACUAUGCUGGCCAAGUCACUUACAACACAGAUGGUUUUCUGGACAAGAACAACGAUCUUCUCUUCAGAGACCUCUCUCAGGCCAUGUGGAAGUCCAAGCACGAGUUACUUAAAUCCCUUUUCCCUGAAGGAGACCCAAAGAAUGCCUCACUUAAACGUCCCCCGACUGUUGGCUUCCAGUUCAAAGGCUCAGUGUCAACUCUAAUGAAGAAUCUGUAUGCCAAAAAUCCAAACUACAUCAGAUGUCUAAAGCCAAACGGUUCAAAAAAGCCAUCCUUGUUUGAUGAUUCACUUGUUAAAACUCAGGUCCGUUACCUUGGACUCUUAGAAAAUGUGAGGGUACGUCGGGCUGGAUAUGCCUAUAGACAGGUAUACAGUUCUUUCCUGGAUCGCUACAAGUUGAUAAGCAAGCAAACAUGGCCAUAUUGGAAAGGAGAGGCACGAGCUGGUGUGGAAGCCUUUAUGUCAGAGAUAAAUUAUCCUUCAGGAGAAAUAGCAUAUGGACGCACCAAGAUGUUCAUCAGGACCCCAAGUACUCUUUUUGAUUUGGAAGAAAGGCGCAGGAAGAAGCUGGAUGAACUAGCCACCAUGAUCCAGAAGAUAUAUCGUGGAUGGAAAUGCCGUUCACACUUUAAACUUAUGCGCAAGAGUCAGAUCAUCAUUGCUGCCUUUUACCGUGGCCACGCGCAAAAGACACAAUACCAGAAAAUGAGAUUCUCAGCAUUGCUGCUGCAAGCAUAUGUCCGUGGCUGGAGGGCACGUGUACUGAUGAGAUCAUUGAAACAGCUUAAUCGCCAAGCGGAGGCAUCAACCACUAUAUGUGCUUUUUGGAGGGGGUACAAGGUGAGAAAAGAAUACAGGAAAAACUUCCGUUCUUCAGCAUCAAGGAAGAUUGCUAACUUUAUCUACCGGAGAAUUCUCCAGAUGUUUUUUCUGGGACUUAAAAAUAACCUUCCAUCUAUGUCACCAUUAAGCAAAAAAUGGACAGAGCCUAAAUACAAGUUUCUUGCUACUGCCAACAAUGAACUCAUGAGGAUAUUCCAGUUCUGGAAGUGUAAAAAGUACAGAGAUCGUCUCACCCCACAACGUAAGGCCAUGUUUCAGGAUAAACUAUGUGCAAGUGAGCUCUUCACUGAAAAAAAGAAAUCAUAUCCUGCUAGUAUUCCCAAACCUUUCCAAGGAGAUUAUGUUGGAAUACAGAGGAAUCCUAAAUUUCAGAAGCUUGCAGGUUCUGUUCCUGGUAAGCUGGAUGUAGCUGCCAGCAUUCAAAAAAUCAACAAAGCUGAUGGGAAGGGAACAGCAAUGAUAUUAUUAUUGACAAAAAGUCACUUAGCACUUGCGGACUCGAAAGCUGCGGUGAAGAACCUUGCUAAGUUGGAUGAGAUUGCCAGCGUUGCUGUUAGCAAGUUCAAUGAUGGCCUCCUUGUUAUUCAACUGACUCCGACAUCCACAGCAGGAGCAAAGGGGGACUUUCUUUUAAACAGUGAACAUGUAAUAGAAAUUGUGGCCAAAUUGCAUCAAAAUGUGCUGGAAUCAACACAAAAGAAAUUGAAACUGCAGAUCAGUGAUGAGUUCCCAGUGAGAUUCAAGAAGGACCCAGUGACUCUAAAGUUGAUGGAAACAGGCACACCAAAUGGAAAAGGCCCUACCUUCAAAAAGAAAGGAAGCCAAAGAAUUGAAGUGUAUGUAUAGUGUCGAGUGGGGAAUGACCAGAGGAUGCAUGGAAUACUGUUUGAGAAGAGCGUACCUGCAAGUUGCAGCCCUGAGAAGAGAGAGAAGAUUUUGGUUAAAUCCAACAGUUCACAGGACUCCACAAGGGAAAUUGUUUUUUGAAGCCUUAAUAUAUGCUUUCACUGAGUAUGACUGUUUUAGCGUCUGAGGGAUGAUCAAUAAUUUUUUUGUUGCACAGCUGAUUUAAAGUUAACGACAAAGAACACUAAUCUUUAAUUUACUACCACGUGCCUUUCUGCUGCCUUAUGCUGCACUUUUUACUUUCUCUAGCAUGCCCAACUACAGUAUCCAGAAUCUCUCACAUUAGUACACAUAGUCUGUACACUGACAGAGGGAUUGCUGUUCUUUUUUCUCUACAACCCACACUCUAUGCCCAUAUAUAUACCUACACACAUUCCUUCAGUAUCUUCAACCUUACCAUGCACUGCUAUCUUGCUCACUGUGAAAGGAUGGCUGGGUUGAUGCCUAAAUAUUCCACUUUCAACACCCCAGUAAAUUUCAUUCUGCAUGUUUCAUCUGAAUGUUAUUCUCUCCAAAUAUAACAAAAUCAUGACAUGCCUCUAAAAAUCCAGGUGACAUGGAAGAAUGUUCUUGAUCCAGAAGUCAAUUCUGAACUUUUCAACACCAUUGAAGUAAAAACGGCAUUUAGUGAUAAGCUGCCUGAUAUGAAACUGGAUCACCAAAUAAAAAUUAAAUACACAUGUAUGUUUAAAAUCAUAAA